AUGCGUGAAUAUUUAUUAGGAGAAAACUAUUAUUUUAAUGAAGAUAACAGGGAAAGUAAUACUAUAGAAAAUGUAUUGACAUUAACAUUAUUUGAAAGAAUUUUUAUUUUUAUUGUUUCCUUCUUAUUAGGAAUAUUAUUUUUGUUUUUAAGUAUCAGUUCAAUACCUAUGAUAUUUAUAGGAAAUAUAAAAUCAUUUGCUUUUAGAUAUUCUAUGGGUAAUAUCUUUUUAUUGUUUAGCUUUUCUUCUUUCUUAACGCCCUAUAACAGAUCACAAGAUAGAAAUGAUGCAUUUUACAAAAACCAAAAAUUAUUAUUUAUAUCUUAUUUAAUUUGCAUAAUUUUAAAUAUAUUAUCUUGUUUGUAUUUUCAAUCUUCAUUAUUAAUUAUUAUUAUUAUUAUAUUGCAAUUUUUUAUUUCUACCCUUUAUAUUAUUAAUAGAUUUACUUGGAUAAGAAGAAUUUUAUCAUAUAUAGUACCAAUAGUUACAUAA